AUGUCUUCCUCCUCCGAUCUCACUCUGAUUUACGUCUUCGGAGCCAUCCUUACUGGAUCCACCAUCGUUACUUGUCUCCUCAGACUCGUCAGAUUUGACAUCGGUACACUUCUCUCCUCCAAACAAGGCAUCACCAUCUCAAACGUCGCCGGGAAUGUGCUCGACCGCUUCUCCCACGUUCUUUCAGUCUCAGAUCCCCUCACACCACCCACCCGGUCUGCCGCAUUCUCCUCGCGUGGCUAUCUGGAGACUUUACCCCAGCGUGCGGGCCCUCGCCCUUCAGUAGUUGGUACAAUGAACCCUAGACAGACAGCCCAAACCGUGGCUGGCGAGAAAGACCUCGUCGACAGACUGCGAGCAGUCAUCAUAAACACAAACACCACCUAUCCCCACACCACCUACCUUGGUCGAUCAACGUUUGAGGACGGCAAUAUCACCCUCUUUGCUCGCCAUCGCGUGUUUGACCACAACAAAUACUACGGCGAGAUUCUUCGGGCUGACAAUAUCGAUGGAUUCUUGUCCAUGACCUUGCAUCCAAAUGAUGUCAGGACCAUCAUCGAGAAAGGUUGGGGUCAGAGACAUCCCAUGUCCAGUCGUAGUGCCUCUUGGCUUCUACACCUGCAAGGCCAGACUCAAGCUUACCCAACACCCUCCUCUCGAGUUGUUCUCUACGCACCACGAAGUCAAGAAGAUCUUGAAGCUGUCGAACAGAUUAUCCAUGCUGCAGUAUGGUGGGUUGGUGGGAUCGACUCUAGAGUCGUGCAGGAAAGCUCCUGCUGA